AUGUUUAGAGCAGCCUUCGCCAGAUCCUUGAGACUCAGUGCUAUACCCCGCACCCAGUGUGCUACUGUUGCUCCUAAGCUUGCUAUUCCACAAUUCGCCCAGGCUUCUAGAACAUAUGCUGGCUUCCCUGCCUUGACGAGAGAUAUCGCCAGAGAGAGAAUCAUUGAGUUGUUGGAGGGCUAUGACAAGGUUACCUCCAAAGACAUUUCUGAGAAGUCUAACUUCGUGACUGAUUUGGGUUUGGACUCUUUGGAUGUCGUUGAGGUUGUUAUGGAGGUUGAGCAUGAGUUCAACAUUCAGAUCCCAGACCACGAGGCCGACUCUUUGAAGACCGUGGGCCAGACUGUUGACUACAUUCUUUCUCAGCCUGAUGCCUGUUAA